AUGUCGCGCUCCUUCUAUGUCGACUCGCUCAUCAUCAAGGACUCCUCGCGGCCCGCGCCCUCGCUGCCUGAGCCGCACCCCGGGCCAGAUUUCUUCAUCCCGCUGGGCAUGCCAUCCCCGCUGGUGAUGUCUGUGUCGGGGCCCGGCUGCCCGUCCCGCAAGAGUGGCGCGUUCUGCGUUUGCCCACUCUGCGUCACUUCGCACCUGCACUCCUCUCGUGGGCCGGCGGGCUCCGGCGGCGGGGGCGCCGGGGCGGGGGGAUCAGGGGCCGGGAGUGGUGGGGGAGCGCCGGGGGGCGCCGGGACCCUGCCCCUGCUCAAGAGUCAGUUCUCUUCGGGUCCUGGGGACGCGCAGUUCUGCCCGCGCGUGAGCCACGCGCACCAUCAUCACCACCCGCCGCAGCACCACCAUCACCACCAUCAGCCCCAGCAGCCAGGCUCGGCCGCCGCUGCCGCAGCCGCGGCGGCCGCGGCGGCGGCCGCGGCGGCCUUGGGGCACCCUCAGCACCACGCACCUGUCUGUGCCGCCACCACCUACAACGUAGGGGACCCGCGGAGAUUCCACUGCCUCACCAUGGGGGGCUCGGACGCCAGCCAGGUACCCAAUGGCAAGAGGAUGAGGACGGCGUUCACCAGCACGCAGCUCCUGGAGCUGGAGCGGGAAUUCUCCUCCAACAUGUACCUGUCUCGGCUCCGGAGGAUCGAAAUCGCGACCUACCUGAACCUGUCGGAGAAACAGGUGAAAAUCUGGUUUCAGAACCGCCGGGUGAAGCAUAAGAAGGAAGGGAAGGGCACACAGAGGAACAGUCACGCGGGCUGCAAGUGUGUCGGCAGCCAGGCACACUACCCGCGCUCGGAGGAUGAGGACUCCCUGUCGCCGGCCUCGGCCAAUGAUGACAAGGAGAUUUCUCCCUUGUGA